AUCAUGGCCGUCCUAGCAGCCGUUUGCACCAAAAUGCCUGAAGCCAAAUUGGCCAUCAUCUUCCUCCCCAUGUACACCUUCACCGCCGGAAGCGUGAGUCUGCUCGUGUGUGUGUGUGUGUGUGUGUGUGUGUGUGUGUGUGUGUGUGUGUGUGUGUGUGUGUGUGUGUGUGUGUGUAGGAGGAGAUGGCGGGCCGUAGAGUCGAGUGUUUGUGGAAACGUCAUGUUGUGGAGCAGCUGAAACAGAGAGACCGAGUUCAGCGCCAGGCCUUUGAGGAGAUCAUACACCAGUAUAACCGGUUGUUGGAGAAGUCUGAUCUUCAGGUUGUGUUUUCUGAGCGCCUUCAGACCGAAAAAUUUGAGCAACAGAACAGACACGACCUCAGUCCGGGCGUAGAGGGCGGUCGCAGUGAUUCCCUGCAACAGGAAAUGGCUCAGAUGAGAAUUAAACAUCAGGAGGAGCUGACGGAGCUGCACAAGAAACGAGGAGAGCUGGCCCAGAGCGUGAUUGAACUAAACAACCAGAUUCAGCAGAAAGACAAAGAGAUCCAGAGUAAUGAAGCCAAGAUGCUGGAGUAUCAGCAGCAGAUCUCUCAUCUGGAAGGAGAGUGUCGCGAGCUCCGCAACUCUCUGGCCGAUCUGGAACGAGCCAAUCAGACGCUGCGAGACGAGUACGACGCCCUGCAGAUCACCUUCAGCGCCCUGGAGGAGAAACUACGGAAAACCACAGAGGACAAUCAGGAGCUGGUGACGCGCUGGAUGGCCGAGAAAGCGCAGGAGGCCAACAGACUCAACGCAGAGAACGAGAAGGACUCCAGGCGCAGGCAAGCGAAGCUUCAGAAGGAGUUGGCAGACGCAGCGAAGGAACCUCUUCCCAUAGAGCCAGAUGAUGACAUCGAAGUUCUCUCGGAGGAUGCUGGGAAGGCAACGAGCGGGACCGGUGAAACGUCGCCGAGCAGACAGAUCAGUCGCACGCCGAGUAGACGAGUGUCUCAGCCUCCUCCUCCGGCUGGACUGCUGGACUCCAUCUCUAAUAUCUUCGGCUUGUCUGAUUCUGUCCAACCUGGUUUCGUCCCAUCUGACUCCAGAAGACGUCGCUCGGUGAACUCGUUCGGCUCGUCUCCUGAGAGCGCAGAGGUUCCUCCGGCGUGCGCCGACGUCCGCGUUCCCUCCACCGCGCUGCACGUCUUCGACGCCCACGAUGGAGAAGUGAACGCCGUCAGGUUCAGUCCCGGUUCUCGUCUGCUUGCCACGGGAGGCAUGGACCGCAGGGUGAAGCUCUGGGAGGUCGUUUCUGGCCGAUGUGAACCUAAAGGAGCGCUGACGGGCAGCAAUGCCGGUAUCACCAGUAUAGAGUUUGAUAGUGCGGGCUCGUAUCUGUUGGCUGCGUCGAAUGACUUUGCCAGCAGAAUCUGGACGGUUGACGACUACAGACUGCGGCACACACUCACCGGGCACAGCGGGAAGGUUUUAUCAGCUCGGUUUCUCCUCGAUAACGCUCGAAUCGUCUCCGGCAGCUACGAUCGAACGCUCAAGCUCUGGGACCUACGCAGCAAAGUCUGCAUGAAGACGGUGUUUGCUGGUUCUAGCUGUAAUGAUAUCGUCUGCACGGAGCAGUGUGUGAUGAGCGGACACUUCGAUAAGAAAGUUCGUUUCUGGGACAUCAGGGCGGAGAGUAUCGUGCGUGAGCUGGAGUUACUGGGACGCGUUACGUCUUUGGACCUCAAUCACGACCGGACUGAGCUGCUGACCUGCUCUCGUGACGAUCUGGUGAAAAUAAUCGACCUGCGCAGCAAUGCAGUGAGGCAGACGUUUAACGCUCAAGGUUUCAAGUGCGGUUCAGACUUUACCAGGGUCACGUUCAGUCCUGAUGGUAGUUACGUGGCGGCCGGUUCUGCAGACGGCGUUCUGUACAUCUGGAACGUUCUAACGGGAAAACUAGACAAAACUCUUGACAAGGGUCACAGUUCUGCCAUAAACUCGGUGUCCUGGUCUCCCUCGGGCACGUACGUGGCCAGCGUCGAGAAAGGCAGCAAGGCCGUGCUCUGGUCUGACAUGUGACCAGCCGCUCUCGUCCUCCGCAGCCCUGCCGUGAUUGGAUGAAACGGACUGUAAAGCCCGAAGGAAAGUGAGCCCACCCUCACGUCCCACUGGCCUCUUGAACUACUUUUCCCACAAUGCCAUCUGUUUGGCUGUCGGUGUACAUGUGCUGCCUGCCUGUAUGAUCGGACAGCACCGUACACGCGUUAUACAUAUAUUUAUAUCAGCUUUCAUGUACUGUCUGUCUCUCACGCUCUAUGUGAGGUGAUGGAGAUUACACAAGUGACUGUCACUGUCCUACACGACUCUUACUGCUUCUUCUAACACGGCUUUACAAUAGUAUUUGUGUCUCUGUCAGAGUUUAUGCUUUGCCUUAUACAGAUACAGGCCAUUAAGCUGUGUGUGUGUGUGUGUGUGUGUGUGUGUGUGUGUGUGUGUGUGUGUGUGUUGAAUGCAGUUCCACUUGAGCUCUAUGAAUGGCACUGUUCACUAAAUAUUUUUCGUAGAGUGAAAAUCGCACAUUUCCCUUUUUACAGUCUUUAAUAAAAUGCACAUACAGCAACCCAAUUUAAUAUAAGACGAACCUCACAAAUAUAACAUUUUUCUCAUAAGAUAAAAAUAAAACAUUUAUCUUAAAAUGGUGACAUGGUGUUUAAACGAUGCUUUGCAUUGUUUUUUUUUGUUUGUUUUUUUCACAUUUAUCUCUCAUUUUAAUUAUUGUACAAAAAAUUCUCAUACUGUUAUAGUAAAAAUCAUUCAGUCCACAAUGUUUUAUUCAAAACUGCAUAAAUUAUGGACACUACAACUGCUGUUAUUAUAUAGUUAUAAUAUAACGUUUUAUUAAUUUAUUUUAUCUUUUCAUGCCACACAAAUUAUUUUGGAUUGCUGUAUUGAGUUUAGUUGAGAAAUGGGAUUUAAAAAAUAAUGUGUAAAAUAAUCCAUGCCUAAAAUAAGUGAAAAUAAUUUCACUAUUGAAAAUCUUAUUUCUAAUAAUAUUUUCUAUUAAAGAGAAUUUUGGGAGAAAAUGUUUGAAUAAAAAGCUGUGCACAUGCAAAAGAAUAUCUUUAAACAUAUCAAACAAAAAUAAACAUGGCAUGAAAACUUUUUUUUUCCUUUUUUUCCCAAAAUGUUUUUUUUUUUUUUUGGGGGGGGUGAAG